AUGGACACGCUGAUAGGGCUUUGCUGCCGCGAGUUUGCGGUGGUGGCAGCAGACAAGUACAGCAGCAGCUCCAUAGUCCGCAUGAAAAGCGACGAAGACAAACUGCUGCAGGUCGACGAUGACAAGCUGCUGGCCCUCGCCGGAGAGCCCGGAGACAGAAGCCAGUUCGGGGAGUACAUCCGCAAGAACAUCCACCUCUACAGGCUCAGGCAAGCAGCAGCAGCAGCAGCAGCAGCAGCAGCAGCAGCAGCAGCAACAGGUGCAGCAGCGGGAGGGGUAGAGGCGGGAGGGGUAGAGGGGGGAGACGUAGCAGCAGCGACUGGUGAUGCUGCAGCGGGAGUAGAUGCUGCAGAUGUAGCAGUUGCAGCUUUUGUUGCAGCAGUAGCAGCAGCAGCAGCAGCAGCAGCAGCAGCAGGAGUAGCAGUAGCAGUAACAGCAGCAGCAGCAGCAGAUGAUGGUGAUUAUUAG